CCCCCCCACCGCUCCUCGCUCCCCUUCACUGGCGCUUCCUCUUCAUAGCACGAUGCUCCGGCUGUCGCUGGUGGCGCUCCGACAGGCAUCUCGGCCGGCCUUCCGGCCGACAGCCCUGGCCCGUGUGGCGCCAGUGCCCGCGGCCGCGGUGAUGCCCCCGACGACGCGAAUUCGCCUGUGUCGGCACUUUUCCUCGCUGCAUGUGGAUCGUGCACCCGACGCCGAGCACCAUGCCGGUCCCGAGCCUGUCCCCAGCAUGGGGCCCACUCCUUACGAUGGCAGCCUGCACGUCGACCCGGCAGACAUCCAGUUUGCCCUGGACAACUUGCCCACCGAUCCGACCGAGCAGCAGCAGCUCGCCGAGCGCCUGCUCCGCUCGGUCCGCGGGAACCUGACCCUGCUUCCGGAGGUGGAGCUAUUGUCCUUCCUGGCCAUUGCCCCACCCCGGCUGCUCAAUACCAUCGCCAAAAAUGUCGGCAUCUCCACGCGCAUGGAGAGGCCUGCCGUGCAGCGCGCGGUGGCCGCCCACUUCCUCAACUCGGCCACCCCCUUCGUUGAAAGUCGCUCCGCCUCCUCGGAUCCCGCCACCGGGCUGAGCUACGCGGAUCCCGCCUGGUGGGAUGGGGGCAUGUCGCCCGGGUCCGACAUCCUCAAUCAUCUGAACAAGCAGCGGCAGCAUCGGCUCUCCGUCCCCCCGGGGGCACGUCAGCUCCCGCCGCCGCCGGCCGACUUGCUGGCUGGCACGGAGUUUACAUUCUUCCUUCAGAAUCGCGCCUCCUUCGCCUAUGACCUCACAAUUCCGCCACUGGAUCUGGACGACUUGACUUCCCCCAUGACCAAGCACCUGUCCUGGGUGGCCAGGCACACGUCCAACAUGCCAAGUGUUCGCAGCCUGAAUCGCCUGCGGAAAAUGUGGAAUGAUAUGCGCCGGUCACGGCACUUCAACAACUUCUUCAUCCGGAACUUCAUCCCAUCCACCAUCCACAAGGAGUUGGCCAUCAUGUUUGAGUCCCUGCUGUUCGAUCACCCCGAUAAGCAUGGGCUUUUCCUGGGGAUGGCGCUGGAGCUGGAGCGCCUGCAGGAUCAGGAGUACAUCCAGGGGCUGAAGCUGACGCCGAAGGAGGCAGUCAUCAUGUCCAGCCGGCUGUUCAACUCCAUUUCCAAUGCCUACAUGGAGGCUCUCGGUGAGUUGGCGGCCAACUACUUCCACCCCUCGAUUUCGGCCUACCGAAACCUGUGCCAGUUCUCGGACAUGCGCAUGCCACAUGCUUUCUACCCGCAGGCGCGAUCGAUGAAGCGCAAGAUCAUCUACCAUGCUGGGCCAACCAACAGUGGGAAAACCUUCCGCGCGAUUCAGGCCUUGCGGAAGUCCGAAAGCGGCAUCUUCUGCGGGCCGCUGCGCCUGCUGGCGCUGGAGGUAUUCGACAAGCUCAACCAGGCCGGGGUGCCGACCAGCCUGCUGACCGGCCAGGAGCAAAAGCAAACCCCCGGCGCGCAGCACGCCUCCUGCACCGUGGAAAAGGCUUGCAGCCUCUUCCCCGUCAUUUCCCCGGUGGAGGUGGCCGUCAUCGAUGAGAUCCAGCUGCUGGCCGAUGCCCAGCGCGGCUGGGCCUGGACACAAGCCGUGCUGUCGGCCCCGGCCAAGGAGAUCCACGUGUGUGGCGAUGCCACGGCCAUCGACAUCCUGCAGCGCAUCACCGCCCUGACCGGCGACGAAUUCGAGGUCCACGAGUACCACCGCAGGUCCCAGCUGGCGGUCGAGAAGAGUGCCUUCGGAACGGACUUCACCAAGCUCGAGCGUGGUGACUGUGUGAUCGCCUUCUCUCGACGCGAGCUCCACAGCCUCAAGACCCGCAUCGAGUCGGAGACCAGCCACAAGUGCUGCAUUAUCUACGGGCGCCUGCCACCGGAGACGCGUGCCAUGCAGGCGCGCCUCUUCAAUGACCCCAACAGCCCGUACACCAUUCUCCUGGCCUCCGAUGCCGUGGGCAUGGGUCUCAACCUCAACAUCCGCCGAAUCAUCUUUUCGACGUUGUUGAAGUUCGACGGCACCACCAAUGUGCCCCUGUCGACGUCGCACAUCAAGCAAAUUGCCGGUCGCGCUGGCCGCAGCAGCUCCGACUGGGACAUUGGCUAUGUGACCAGCUUCUCUCCGGAGGACUUGCCCGUCAUCAAAAAGGCUCUAAAGACCGAGCUGGAGUCUGCCCAGCGAGCGGGACUCACCCCGGUUGACGAGCAGAUCAUCAACGUGGCGUCUAUCUAUCCGGAGCUCCCGCUGUCAAGCCUGGUGUCCCUCCUGCUGUCGACCGUGCAGACGGACAGCAACUACUUCGUAUGCGACACCAAGGAGUUGCUCCAGCUGGCGGACGUCAUCCAGCCGGUUCCGCUGACCCUCGAGGAGCGCCUGCUUUUCGUCCGGGCCCCGAUCAGUGCCAGUUCCGAUUCGGUGGUCUUCGCUCUGAAGCGGUUUGCCGAGCAGUAUGCCGAGGCAAAGAUUGUUGCUUUCGAGUUCCGCAUGCCCUUCCCCAGCAACAGCCGCAAGACGCUGGCCAGUCUGGAGGAGUUUUACUCAAUCGCCGAUCUGUACCUGUGGCUGAACCAACGUCUGGAUGGCUUUGUGGACGCGCUGCCGGCCGAGCUCCUGCGUAUCCAGGCGUCCCUGUCGCUGAAUAGCAUGAUCGCAAAGGCCGAUUCCAAGAAGCCGGCCAUCACCAGUCGGGAGGCCGUCGACCCCCUGCGGCUGAAUAUCGAAGACCUGCUGGCCAUUCCCCUCCUGAGUGCCCUGCCGGCGGAGGUGGCCGGCAAGCUCAUUUCCAUCGACAUGCCGCUGUUGACGGUGGCCGAUGCAUGGCAGCGCAUCGCCGACCUGGGCCUGGUGCUGUCGGACUAUGGGCAGCUUGUGCUUCCAUCGGACGAGCCUCCGGAGGAGCAAGCCUGGGAAAGUGCCGCGCAGCCCGAGCACCAGAGCAAGCCCACGCCCAACAGCCCGGAGAUCACCGGGUAUGCCGUUGACCGGGAUGAUUAUCAAUUCCGUAAGCCGGUGGUCCGCAUGCAGCGCUUCGGCAAGCAGGUGCUGGCCUCGCGCUCCGGGGACCCGAUCUUCGGGCUGGCAUUCAACCCGGACGAUGUGCCGGCCGAGGAGGCCGAGGGAGAUUCCCAGGCGCGCGACUCGUCGCCGCCGUCCGAGCGCAGUGUCACCCUGGAGGAGCUGGCCCGGCACUUCCCGCACCAGGACUUCUCCACGCUCUCGCCCUCGCAGCUGCGUGUGCUCAGCACCUUCUACCUGGACUCGAUGGACACGGAGGGGAAGGAUGCUGCGUCCGGCGGCUGGGGCGAGGCCCACAUGCCCUCGGAGCCUCAGCCACUCGAUCCUUGGCAGCAGCAGCAACAGCAGCAGCAGUAUCAGCAUCAGCAGCAUCAGCAACAGUAUCAGCAGCAUCAGCAGCAUCAGCAGCAUCAGCAACAGUAUCAGCAGCAUCAGCAGCAUCAGCAGGAUCAGCAGGAUCAGCAGCAGUGGCACACGGAUCCCCAGGAGCCGGUGAUGUCCGACUUGCAGGGUGAGCUGCUCGAUGAGGUGGCCCCUGUAGCAUCAGCUGCCUCGUCCGAGCCCACGUCCGGGUCCUCCCAUGCUUUCACCAUGGCUGCUGGCUCCUCAGUGGGCAACAGGUUCUCCUGGACCCGGAGCGGCCUGUCCAGCCCUCUGCAGGGGGUCAGCAGGAAUGGCGAAGCCACCUCGGCCAGCUCAUCUGGCAACCCGCCUGCGGCCAGCCGGGGCGGCCGGUUCCUCUUCUCGACCGGCGGGGCGUCCGGCGGCCGGGGCGGCGGCCCGCCCGCGGGCCAAUCUUCCCCGAAGCCGCCCUCUUCCUUGGGCGGCUGGGGGAUCUGA